UUUUGGGUUUGGGCUAUAUUGACUUUGACAUUGACUGUCACUCUUUCUUUCUUUUUCAGUUGUCAAUUGUGACAAAAUGACGAAGGGUACUUCAAGCUUCGGCAAGCGCCGUAACAAGACCCAUACAUUAUGUAGAAGGUGUGGUAGAUCGUCGUACCAUAUCCAGAAAUCAAAAUGCGCCCAAUGUGGAUAUCCAGCAGCCAAAUUGCGAUCUUACCACUGGUCUGUAAAGGCUAAGCGCAGGAAGACCACAGGAACUGGCCGCAUGCGUCACCUCAAGAUCGUCAGGAGGCGUUUCCGCAAUGGAUUCAAGGAAGGAAAACCCACACCUAAGAAAGCUGUUGCCUCCUCUUAGAUUUACUGCUAAAAUAUAAAAAGUAAAAAUCUAAAA